AUGCAGAAAUUUUCUGCUGGAUUGGACGAAGCCCUCAACUCAACGCUAUCUACGUUAAGCAGUUAUUUUUACCUACCCCCCAUCAAAGCUCAUUUAAAUUUGGACGAAGUUGCGCCGGUUUUCGACCUGGACGAAGGAACACUCUUGAAAAUCUUCCGUUUUCUGCCUACUCAGGACCUGCUCCGUGCUUGUCAAGUUUGUCGCCUAUGGCAAAGGCUAUCUUACGACUUGCUGUUGUGGAAAACCACCAAUUUAAAGAGAUUUUCCACAUCUCUGGUCGACUCGGAAAAGUUUCAAGCACUGGCUGUCAACCGACUUGCCAAUAAAACACGAUGUCUGGAUUUAAGCGGGUUUUUACUGACCGAAGAUUCUCUACGAGUUCUCGCAACUCAUUGUAAAAAAUUACGCCAGUUGAAAUUGAAGAGCGUGACCUUUGCUGUAGACCGCAAUAAAACUCAAAGCAAAGAGGAUGUGCUUUUUCCCGGUGACCUCGAAUAUCUUGACGUCCGAUUCUCGCAUGGCAACCCGCGCGUAUAUCGCGCGAUUGGAAAAGUUCUCAGUAAAGUCAAAUGGCUAGGUCUUUCUGACGCCUUUUUUCAAAAUCUUCUAGCGGAGGGAAGGAUGGAGGAAGCUAUCGACAGCAUGAAACAUUUGCGUAAACUUGACGUUAGUCACUGCUUGUUGCUUAAAGACAGCACCAUGGCUUUGUUUGCGCGCUGCAAGAAAUUGGAAGUACUCAGUGUUCGCAAAUGUUGCUUCCUCAGUGGGACUUGCGUUGAGGUAUUUUUGAACUCCUGCAAAGAGCUCAAGACACUCAUCUUAGACGGGAUCAGCUUAGAGGACGAAACACUUGCCGAAAUCUCUUGGCGUAAUUCUUGUUUGAAACACCUCGAUUUAGGAUGGUGCCCUCUGGUCAGCGAAGCGGGGCUUACAAAAGCCCUACCUCGGAUUGCAAAAAUCCAGACAUUAGAAUACUUGGGACUUUGCGCUAUCGGAAAAGAAAACGCAGUGGAUGAUGAUAUUCUAAUAAAUCUAGGAGCUAGUUUAUCAUACUGGAGAUCACAAAAACUGAAAGCAAUCAACGUGAGCCACUCCCGAUCUCUGACAAGCGAUGGUAUCGUCGAAUUUUGCCAGAGGUUCAGUUUUGUCGAAAUAUUGGACGUAACAAAUUGCCCUGCUGUAAAACAAUGCCAGCUACUUCGUGAGCAUUUGAGCAGCGUUGUAGUUUCCGGGGAUACAAAAAAGGGGUCUGUUUCGGCUACGCGACUUGCUAAAUCCAAACACGCUUUGGAGACGCCUGUAUAA